AUGGAGGGAGAGAAAGGAAGAGUGUGUGUAACAGGUGGUUCAGGGUUUAUAGGGUCUUGGCAGGUCAUGAGGCUCCUUGAUCAUGGCUACUCGGUCAACACCACUGUCAGAUCAGACCCAGAGAACAAGAAAGAUCUAAGCUUCCUCACAAGUCUACCAGGAGCAUCGGCACGGCUAAAAAUUUUCAAUGCGGAUCUCAGCAACCCAGAAAGUUUCAAUGCAGCCAUUGAAGGAUGCAUCGGAUUGUUCCAUGUUGCUACUCCAGUUGACUUCCAAGAUAAGGAACCUGAAGAAGUGGUGACCAAAAGAUCAAUUGAUGGAGCCCUUGGCAUUCUAAAGGCAUGCUUAAAUUCGAAAACUGUGAAACGAGUUGUAUACACCUCGAGUGCAUCUGCUGUCCAGUUGGGCAAGGAGGAGGAUGGAGAGCAACUGGAUGAGAGCUUUUGGAGUGACAUAGAUUACAUUAAAGCUGUCAAGCCAUAUGGAGGCUCAUACAUGAUUUCAAAGACAUUAACUGAAAGGGCAGUUCUUGAAUUUUCAGAGAAAUAUGGAUUGGAUGUUGUGACAGUAAUUCCUUCUUUUGUUGUUGGCCCCUUCAUUUGUCCAAAGCUCCCCGGCUCUGUUCAAACCACUUUGUCUAUGGCCUUUGGUGACUUUGAUCAACUUAGCUUUAUUAUCAAUACAUCUGUGGUGCAUGUGGAUGAUGUUGCCAGAGCACACAUUUUCCUUUUUGAACAUCAUGAGGCAAAAGGGAGAUACAAUUGUUCUGCAGAUGUCAUAACACUUGUACAAAUAGCUGAAUUAAUCUCUGCAAAAUACCCGGAAGCUCGAAUACCGUCAGUAGAUGAUUUAAGUAGAGUUGAAGGUCCGAAAUUUUCUACUCUGUCAUCAAAGAAGCUAUUGGAUGCUGGUUUCAAAUUCAAGUAUGGGGUUGAUGAGAUGUUCAGUGAUGCAAUUCAAUGCUGCAGAGAAAAGCAUUAUCUGUAG